AUGCAAUACCUCCUACUUUGUGCUGCCAUCCUCCUACCUGAGAGUCUUGCUUUUCCAGCACGAGAAUCAUGGGGCAACACAGCCUUUGAGAAUGCAAAGGCAUAUCUUGAUAAAUUCUUUCCACUUUUUACAAAAACACAAAGCCUAAGCUUAGAAGACAGGAUUAAAGAAAUGCAGAGGUUUUUCCACCUGACUGUAACUGGAAAAUUAAAUGCAGAAACAGAAGAAACAAUGAAACAGCCCAGAUGUGGAGUCCCCGAUAUAGCAGACUACAAAAUAUUUCCUGGAAAUCCAAGAUGGAAAAAGACACAUUUGACUUACAAAAUUUUCAAUUAUACACCUGAUCUACCCCGAAAGAAAGUGGAUGAUGCAAUUAGAAGGGCUUUUAUGGUAUGGAGUGAUGUGACUCCACUGCAGUUCCAAAGAGUAUUCAAGGGACAUGCAGACAUUGUGAUUGGAUUUGCGCGUCAUGAGCACGGUGAUGGAUAUCCUUUUGACGGAAGAGGUAACACACUAGCUCAUGCGUUUGCACCUGGAGAAGGGCUUGGUGGAGAUGCUCAUUUUGAUGAUGAUGAAAGGUGGUCAGAGUCCAAUCGAGAAGUUAAUUUGUUUCUUGUUGCUGCUCACGAAUUUGGCCAUUCUUUGGGACUUGCUCAUUCAAAUGUCCGUGAAGCUCUCAUGUACCCUAUCUACACAUAUGUGAACCCAGCAACCUUCAGACUUUCAGAGGACGAUAGGCGAGGAAUUCAGAAGUUAUACG